UUUUCUUUUUGGUGAGAGAGGAUUUGAUGCUUCUCUCCCUAUCUUCCACUCUCCUCUUUUGGAAAUAUUACAUUUAUUUUAACCAAAACCAGUCCCAGCUAAGACCCUGAACCUACUCUUCUCUCUCUCUCUCUCUCUCUCUCUCUCUCUCGCCAUGUGCAUGAUUUGAAAUUAUAAAUUGAAAAACCCAAAAAAAAAAAAAAAAAAAAGCUAAUUAAAUUCCUAGUGGGAAAACAUAAGGGGAGACUUCGAGAGUUUGAGGGGAUCAAAGUCAUUCUCCCUGAGUUGGAUUCUUCCUUUUCCAACUCUCUCUCUCUCUCUCUCUCUCUCUAUAUAUAUAUAUAUACAUAACGCUCCAGGGGUCACUCUGCUUUUCUCAGACCAGGGAUCCAGCCCAAUCAACCCAAGUUGUGAGAAAAAAAAAAAGGGGGGAGAUAAUGGAAGAAGAGCAGCUAACCAGAUGGGAAGGCUAUGUGGACUGGAGGAGCAAACCUGCUGUCAGAGGCCGCCAUGGCGGCAUGCUUGCAGCCUCCUUUGUAUUGGUGGUGGAGAUAAUGGAGAACCUGGCAUAUUUAGCAAAUGCAAGCAAUUUGGUGCUUUAUCUAUCAAAGUACAUGCACUUCUCUCCCUCCAAAUCGGCCAACAGUGUCACUAAUUUCAUGGGCACAGCUUUCCUUCUUGCUCUCCUGGGAGGCUUCCUUUCUGAUGCCUUUUUCACUACUUAUCAAAUCUACCUGAUAAGUGCAGUCAUUGAAUUCCUGGGGUUGGUUAUACUGACUGUGCAAGCGCGGUCACCUUCACUAAAGCCAGCGGCAUGUGACAUAGCGAACAUCAACAUUCCUUGCCAGGAAGUCGAUGGUGGAAAAGCUGCAAUGCUCUUCUUAGGGCUCUAUCUGGUGGCCCUGGGCGUUGGAGGGAUAAAGGGAUCACUGCCAGCUCAUGGGGCUGAGCAAUUUGAUGAGAACACACCACAGGGAAGGAAACAGAGGUCAACCUUUUUCAACUACUUUGUUUUCUGCCUCUCAUGCGGGGGGCUUAUUGCAGUAACAUUUGUUGUGUGGAUUGAGGACAAUAAGGGCUGGGAAUGGGGCUUUGGAAUCUCCACCUUGAGCAUUUUCUUAUCCAUCCCUGUUUUCCUAGCCGGUUCAUCUACUUACAGAAACAAAAUACCUUCUGGAAGUCCCCUUACGACCAUCAGCAAGGUUUUGGUAGCUGCAAUAUUCAACAUCUGCAUCCGGAGAAGCCACAGUGUUGCUGUUGAAAGCAUGGGCGCCAGCCCUGUUUACCCAACGCCAAACGGCAAGGAAGCUGAAAAGGAUAAUGACAAAACAAUGGAGUCCACCACCCACAAUGCAACAGAGAGCCUAAAAUUCCUAAACAAAGCGGUGGUAGACAAACCGGUCCACAAAGCACUAGAAUGCACGGUUGAGCAAGUAGAAGACGUCAAAAUUGUGCUAAAAGUACUCCCCAUAUUUGCUUGCACCUUUAUGCUCAAUUGCUGCCUGGCUCAGCUCUCCACAUUCUCUGUCCAACAAGCUGCUACAAUGAACACCAAGCUCGGUUCCCUCAAUGUCCCGCCAGCUUCGCUUCCCAUUUUUCCUGUCACCUUCAUCAUGAUUCUUGCGCCAGUUUACGACCAUCUCAUCAUCCCAUUUGCUCGGAAAGCAACAAAAUCCGAAAUGGGAAUCACUCAUCUCCAACGGAUUGGAAUUGGUUUAGUUCUUUCGAUUAUAGCCAUGGCAGUGGCAGCUCUUGUGGAGAUUAAGCGGAAGAGAGUGGCGACCAACUCGGGCUUACUAGACUCGGAGCACCCAUUACCCAUCACAUUCUUUUGGAUUGCUUUUCAGUACUUGUUUCUCGGGUCGGCAGAUCUUUUCACCUUGGCCGGAUUGUUGGAAUUCUUCUUUACAGAGGCGCCGGCGAGCAUGAGAUCCCUGGCUACAUCUCUUUCCUGGGCCUCAUUGGCAAUGGGCUACUAUCUUAGCUCGGUCAUUGUAUCACUGGUCAACGAUGCCACCGGUAACUUCAAUCACCGGCCGUGGCUUUCCGGUAGCAAUUUGAAUCAUUACCACCUGGAACGAUUCUACUGGCUGCUGUGCGUGCUCAGCGCAUUGAAUUUCUUGCACUACCUUCUAUGGGCCACCCGGUACAAAUACAGAUCAACAAGAGCACAUAAUUAACACGAGCUACGGCCACUCGGGCCGGAUGAUUGAGCAUCUACAACAAUUUAGCGUUCAGUAAUCCAGCAGUUUUUUUUUAUGAGAAGGAGCGGUUAGACUCGGCUGCUCAAAUAAAUUUUGGACCAACCUGGAAACUUUUUCACAAAAACUGUCCAAAUUGUUGUAGAUCCUGAUCCUGCUCGACGGUUCGAGCCGAGCCUAAGGUCAGCUAAACGUGUCAAAAGCAAGAUUAAUCACUGUAAUAGACUAAUAGUAGGGAAUGUACUAGUUCAUGAAUCAUGCUGUUAGAAAAUGCAAGUUGAUCAUGGACAAUUCUA